AUGGUUCACUUUUUCAGUCACGGCUCGACCAUGAUGUUGGGCGAGGAGUCUACCAGUGCUGAUUACUGGAAGAAGUGCGGCGAUGAGGCUUUGGCACAUGGCAUUAAAGGUGUAAUCAUGAUGGUAAGCACUAUAUCGCUCAAAUAUUGCAUUUUAUAUACUUACAAACUCAGNGGAGCACAUUGGGAUGCCCGAGGCGACAAGAUCAUGGUCUCAGCAAACCCCAAGCCAAACAAGAGUCCUGUAGCAUAUGUCCACCCUUCGAAAUAUAUCGACUACGAACUCAAGCCGGACCUGCCUACCUCCGAUCGCGUACUAGACUUGCUACUCAAGGCAGGCUUCAACGCAGAAAAGGACGAUAAGUUCGACUGGAUCCACGACACAUUCCUGAUUCUGAUCCGAAUGUUCCCAAAUGGCUGCCCUCCUACCACAAUUGUCAGCAUGAACGCAUACUACGACCCUCACUACCACAUGAAAGUUGGAUCAUCAUUGCGAUCGUUGAGAAAGGAGGGCUACCUCAUUGUUGGCACUGGAGGUGCCGUCCACAACCUCUACCGCAACGUUUGGUGGCCCAUGGUCCAGCACAGAGACAAUUUUGCCCAAGUCGCUCCUCCAGAGAAGUCUCUCUUGGAGUUCAGACAGGCCGUGGAAGAUGUCAUGACACAAAACCAGGGCCCUGCUCUACGCAGAGCCAUGACGCGGUUGAUGAAGCACUACCAUUACCGCGAAGCUCACGGCACAGACGAUCACUUUAUGGCAGCAUGCUUCUGUGCUGGUGCUGCGGGUGACUGGGAAGAUUUGGAAGAGCAGGGUGGUGUUCUGGGUGCAGAGACAUGGGAGCUCCAGAACAUGUGCAACUCACAGUUCACAAUUGGAAACUGGCAAGGAAGCAGGAGCGUACGCGCUGCGGCUUGA